AUGAAAACGAAAUCGAAUGCGAAUUCAAAUACGACGACGAAUUGGAAAACGAGCACCAAUACGAAUACAGAUUCGAGUACGGAACGGAUUAUGGUUAUGAGUACCAUUACGAAUAAAAAUUGGAGUGCGAACGUCAAUACGAAUAUUAAUACAGAAGGGAUUACAAAGACGAGUACAAAUACAAAUAGAAAUAUUAAGCCUAGUACGAAUAAGAAUACGAAUACCAACCCGAAUUCAAUUAUGAAUACCAAUCCGAAUACAACUACGAAUAUGAAUACGAAUACGAUUAUGAAUAUCAGUUCAAAUACGAAUUGCCAUACAAAUUCGUUUACGAAUGUCAAUACGAAGAAGAACUUGAUUACGAAUAUGAAUGCAAAUUACGAGGCCGAAGACGUAAAAGUAAAUAAAAAAGAGUACAAAUGCUAA